UGAAGAAGGUGACGGUGAAGGCGCCGACAUCGAUGCCCAAAGAAAGCUCGAGGAGCUUGAACAGAUGGAAGAAGACGAAGGUCAGGCCUCUUCGUCCAUCUACCUUCCUCACAAAUCCAAACCUUUAGGACCUGAUGAGGUGUUGGAAGCAGAUCCAAGUGUCUACGAAAUGUUGCACAACGUCAACAUGCCAUGGCCCUGCUUAACAAUCGAUAUCUUACCAGAUAACCUUGGUUCCGAGAGAAGAAAGUACCCUGCCAGUGUGUAUGUCACCACUGCUACGCAGGCUGCUAGAGCUAAAGAUAACGAGUUAAUCACCAUGAAGCUACUGGGUUUGGCCAAGACGUUGGUCAAAGAUGAAGACGACGAAGACGACGAAGCUGAUGACGAAGACGAUGAGCAUGUAGACCCAGUGAUGGACAGUGAGACGAUUCCUUUGAAAUCCACCACCAAUCGUGUCAGGGUGUCUCCCCACGCCCAUGAGACCGGUGAAUACUUGACGGCCUUGAUGAGUGAGACAGGAGAAGUUAUGAUCUACGACUUGAAGUCUCAGUAUAAAGCUUUUGAUACACCGGGACUCACCGUUCCUAAGGCAUCCAAACGUCCUAUCCACACCAUUAGAAACCAUGGAAAUGUUGAGGGAUACGGUUUGGACUGGUCGCCUUUGAUCAAUACUGGUGCCCUUUUGACGGGGGAUUGUACCGGACGUAUUCAUGUCACCUCAAGAACCAGUACCAACUGGAGCACUGAUAAAACGCCAUUUUUUGCAUCUGACGCUUCUAUUGAAGACCUCCAGUGGUCAACUGGAGAAAACACCGUCUUUGCAUCUGCGGGAUGCGAUGGUUAUGUUCGAAUUUGGGACACUAGAUCCAAGAAACAUAAGCCUGCUCUUUCGGUUGCUGCUUCCACCACCGAUGUAAAUGUUAUUUCCUGGAGCAGUAAGUUGAGUUACUUGUUGGCAUCGGGCCACGACGAUGGGAGUUGGGGAGUGUGGGAUUUGAGAAACUUUGGAGCUGAGGCGCCAUCUCCAGUGGCCCACUACGACUUCCACAAAUCUGCUAUCACCUCCAUCUCAUUCAAUCCUUUGGAUGAGUCAAUUAUAGCUGUGUCUUCCGAGGACAACACCGUGACAUUGUGGGACUUGGCGGUGGAGGCUGACGACGAGGAGAUUGCCACGCAAAGAAAAGAAACCCAGGAGUUGUAUGACAUUCCUCCUCAAUUGUUGUUUGUACAUUGGCAAAGAGACGUGAAGGAUGUCAGAUGGCACAGACAGAUCCCAGGGUGCUUAGUGUCGACUGGGGGUGACGGCUUGAACGUGUGGAAGACCAUUUCCGUAUAAGCAAUUCCGUAUUGAAGAUGAGAUAGACCAAUGUUGUAUAGUAAUGAACGAUGAGUGAAUUAAAGAUCUAAUU